UCAAUUUGCUGUGCAAUGGACUGAACUCGACUGAAGACAGAGAGCGCAGGAAGGUCUCAUUCAAAGGCAGCGGUGACGGCAAGAGAGAAUGAGAAUUUACCUGUCAGUAGUAUAGUUGAAGAAUAGUGAUAGUGAUACAGUGAUGGAUAUGAGAGAUGCUGCGGGAAGGUGGGAUGCUCUGGGCAGUCGAGAUGCGAGCUCCAGACAUGCUGCGAUGGAGAUCAUUCACCAGGAGGUGAUUAAGAAUAUCGAGAGUAUCGGACCGAUACCAGACACACACUCCUCCUCUCCCUUGGCCACAGAUGACAGUCUGACCAGCGAUAUCAACGCUCUCCUGGCUCAUGUCCUGAUGCUCUCCAAAAGAUGUCCCUAUGAAGAUGUCAGAAAGAAAUGCAUAGGUUUGCUGCAGAGGGUUCAGGACGUUGGAGUGCGAAUACCCAGACCGCUGGGAAAUGGACCAAGUAGAUUCAUACCAGAGAAAGAGAUACUUCAAGUCAGUAAACUGGACGAAAGAACACAGUCGAUUUUUGAGGACGCCUUCGCAGUGCUCGGUCGCCUUGACAACAUCUCCCUGGUGAUGGGGUUCCAUCCUCAGUAUCUGGAGAGCUUUCUUAAGACACAGCAUUACCUGCUUCAGAUGGAUGGUCCUUUGUCUCUGCACUGCAGACAUUACAUAGGCAUAAUGGCUGCUGCCAGGCACCAGUGCACAUAUCUGGUCAACCUGCAUGUGAAUGACUUCCUGCAGGUUGGGGGCAAUCCCAAGUGGUUGAAUGGCCUGGAAGAAGCCCCACAGAAGCUGCAGGCUCUUGGGGAGCUCAAUAAGAUCCUAGCCCACCGUCCCUGGCUGCUCACCAAAGAACACAUUGAGAGUCUACUGAAGGCAGAGGAGCACAGUUGGUCCCUGGCUGAACUGAUUCAUGUUGUGGUGCUGCUCACGCACUAUCAUUCUCUAGCCUCCUUUACUUUUGGUUGCGGCAUCACCCCCGACAUCCACACAGAUGGAGGACAUACGUUCAGGCCGCCCUCACUCAGCGGUUACUGCGCUUGUGAUAUUGCCAAUGGGAAUGGUGCCCUGGAGAUGUUGGGGAACCAGCAGGUGUCAGAAUCAUCUUGCGAGGUAGAGGUGCUGAUGGAGAGGAUGAAGCAGCUUCAGGAGUGUUGUGAUGAAGAGGAGGCCAGUCAGGAGGAAAUGGCCACACGUUUUGAGAGAGAGAAGAUGGAGAGCAUGCUGGUGAUCACCUCUGAGGAUGAGGAGUGUGUACCAUCCAGGGAUGUGUCACGACACUUUGAAGACCCUAGUUACGGCUACAAAGACUUUUCUAGGAGAGGAGAACAUGUGCCUACCCUCCGAGUGCAGGACUAUAGUUGGGAGGAUCAUGGAUUUUCUCUUGUGAAUCGGCUUUAUCCAGAUUUUGGACAACUUCUUGAUGAAAAGUUUCAGAUCGCUUACAACCUGACAUAUAACACAAUGGCAACACACCAGGGUGUGGACACUUCCAUGCUGCGUAGAGCGAUCUGGAACUAUAUCCACUGCAUGUUUGGCAUUCGCUAUGACGAUUAUGACUACGGAGAAAUUAAUCAACUGCUAGACUGCAGUUUUAAAGUCUACAUCAAGACUAUGGUGUGCAGUCCAGAGAAGAUCACCAAGAGGAUGUACGAGAGCUUCUGGAGGCAAUUCCAGCACUCUGAGAAAGUCCAUGUUAAUUUGCUUCUUAUGGAAGCACGCAUGCAGGCAGAACUGCUCUACGCUCUGAGAGCGAUCACUCGCUACAUGACAUGAAGUGCUGUUCUUGUCAAAUUUGUUAUUUUUACUGUUGUUGAUGUUGUGGGACACUUCAAUAAAGCUAAAAAAGGAAAAAAACAAAAAAAAAAGAGUAAAAGCAAAAUGGAUUCAGAAUAAUUAACGAUGAGGAUGAGGAAGAACAGAUUCUGGUUGUUUUGUACAAGAAGGAAAAAAACAACAACUGUCAACUGGACCUACUUUCUGAAUCACUUGUUUGGCUGCUCAGCCUGCAGUGCCAAUUCUGGCCACUGGGGGGUGUCUGAGCAGACUCCCCCAAGCUGGGAAGUGUUAGUGAGACUGCAAGCUUCAGGAGGCCAGACCUCCUUUUCGUAUUUCAAAUGCAUCUGCGAUAGGACGUUUUAUAAUCAUAUCUUUUUGUGUGAUGAGAAAAACACAAAUAGCAACUCCAGCACCGGUGCAGAUAGGCUGCACUAACACACCUAUCUACUAGUGUUUUUUGUCCAUAUCGUUUUUAUAUUGUUCUUAUUUUUUUUCAGCAGGGGCUAGAGAUAGAAGCAUUAAUGAUUUUGCAUAUACGCGUGCCUAGUCAUGCGCAGCACUGGCAACAGAUGCUGAGGUGCCAUCUGUUCAUGCUGCUUUUCUCAACUGAGAGGCCUCAAGACACCAAAACCAUCACCCACUUGUAUAAGCUAAUCCAAGAACGUCUGUUUUGUGCGUGUGUGUGAGUGAGAGAGUGAAAGAGAGCACAAUUCAAAAGUAAUAGCUAUCUGAGCCCUUGUUAUAGUUUACUGUAAGACACCACUUUGUCUCAUGACAUUUCCAAUGUGUGAAUGUUAUGGGGGAAAUCAGAGAAAAAGAUUUACCAUAUUUUCUGGUGUUUUUCAUGCAUUAAAAAUAUCAAAGCACUUUUAAAAAAUGUUAAGAUGUGCUUCAGCUCCAUAUGUAGCCAUUUUGUUUUGGUGACUGUGGCAUAUCUUUUUUUAUUUGUUUUAGUAACUCCCAGUGCAAAAACGUCUUCCUUUUGUGAUGUGCUUCCUGUUGCUCUGAUCCAUCUGCCUUGUCUUCCUUUUAAUGCUCUGUCAUUUUUUUUUUAUUAUUAUUAUUUUGGAGUUCAUUAUAAAUAAAUACCUCCUGUUAUGUAUCCUUAAAUAUCUAAGUGCUGUCUGGUGAGCAGAACUUUGUCUUACGUGGCGCUGCCAGUUGUAGGCUUCAAUCUGUACAGACCUAGAUGCUAAGAACCAGGCAACCCAGACAACUGCACAGUUGUGGGGUUAAAUAAUGCUUGUUCUUAUUUUCAGAACUUUAAACAGUGUAGCUAAGCAGUUUUGUUUUCUUCAGAGUGUGUGUAUUUUUUUUCUUUUCAGGCUGGGUGGAUUCUCUGCUGUCUGUUUUGUUUACUAAAACUAGUUAUGUACUGCAUUCUGAUGAUGACAGGACUUGUAGAGGGAUGGUACUUUUUUUUUUUGGAGAUGGAUAUGAGGUGGUUUUUAAUCAGAUUUGUGAGACUGAUGUCAGUUACUGACACUUUUAUAAGAAACUAUUUGAUAAGAAAAAUAAAACAUGGUAUUUCACUAGUAUUGUUUGUGAUUUAAUCAGAAUUAUUUUCAAGGAAUAAUUUCUUCCCAAAGAAAAGUCACAUUUAGAGCCGAUAUUGUGACAUCAUACAUUGUAUUUCAGUAUUAACUGCAACAAUUUGAGCAAUCUAAAUAUCUCACAAGAAUCAUUUAUCACUUAUUUGUGUAAAUAUUAUUAAUACACUUCAAAAUAUCUUAAAAAAUGUUUAAUGUCCAUGAACAUCCAUUCAUCAAUAGAGGCCCUUGCAGUAUCACAAUAUAUCGCCACAGAGACACUAGAGCAAUAAAAGCCCACCCCUGCUAUGUACUAAUGAUUUAAACACAGUAUUGAAGGCACUGAUUAAUUUUCUCACAGUGAGGAUAAAAGGAAGUAAUAUUGUUGAUCUGGGAACCAAACAUUCCUUUGUGCUGUUUGCAUAAAUAAUGAAAUUUUCCCUUACUCGGCUGGUAACUUUCCCUUUGUUGCUAGUGGAAAUCACCGUAAAACCAAGCAACUUAUUGCCCAUUUAAAAGUAUUAUAUGAGGAAUUGGUUUCAAUUCUUAUAACAGUAAAAUAUCUUGCUCUUUCCAGAGAAAGUCCCUGAGAAAUUGUGCAAAUGAAUCCAGACAAAUUGCUUCAGCAUUUACACACUAGAGACUGAGGAGAAAACAGUUUAUAGAAUUAUUUGUAUACAUACCAAUGAAACAAAUUUACCACACUAUCACGUUUUGGUCAGUGGUUUUUGUUUGUUUAAACAUGCAUUCAUAUCACAUUUAGGGCAAGAGUGUAAACUGAAAAUUAUUAUAUAGACAGUAGCUGUGAAGUGUUACUGUUGGGGUGAGAAGAGGGAAGUCAGUGCCAUAUAUGCAAGUCUGAUGUGAUUGUAUUGAGAAAGUAUGACAAUGUUUCUAUUCUGUGUUCUAUGCAGACUUUUCCAGAACCGUCUG